AUGUCUUAUAUAAUAAAGUUGCAACACUUAUCGAGGCAAGCUCGGGCCGCCGAUAUCCGCUCCUUCUUCUCCGGUCUUUCCAUCCCAUCAGGCGCAGUCUGCAUCGUGGGCGGAGAUUCUGGCGAAGCUUUCAUCGGUUUCGAGUCGGACGAAGACGCACGGCUAGGAAUGUUGCGUUCAGGCGAAUUCCUAUGCCAACAACGAGUGGAGUUGUCCUUGUCAUCACGGAAGGAGAUGAACUCGGCCAUGGACGAGGCCAAACGGUUGUCUCGCCUUUUGCAAAAUAUUAGUAAAGAGCCGGAUAAGCCUAGUACCGCUAUCCUACCACUGUCAACUGUAGUUCAGGAUCAGGAAUCUAAAGGUAUGAUUUAUUCUAUGUAAUGGGCGUUUUACAGCUACAUAUAUUUGGAAAGUAUCCUUUCCGAUGUUACUUAUUCAAAAAAUACUUUUAAACACACGAACCAAAUAUUCUAAAAUCUUAACUUUUAAAUCGAAAAACUAUAUAAAGUUAUCCAAAGUGGGAUUGGAAAGUAGGGAUUAAAAAUUGGGGUUUAAAAAAUAAUUGCCCGUAGAAAAGUUUGAAAAAUAAUUUUACAUUGAAGAGAUGCCUAACACUAGACCCAAAAAACCUUUUACAUACAAAGUCAUAUCUCUAAAAAUUUUUAAAACUUGUUAAACACAAAAAAAUUAAACUUUAAUGUUGACUUGGCAAAUAAAUUUUUCUUUAUUUAAGAAACAGAAGAAACAAUGUUAUUUGUAAUAAAAUUUUUUAAAAGGGCUGUACAAGGUGGGACACCUUGUUUGAAUAUCUAAAAUCUUCAUUCAAACUUUUUGAACAUACUUGUAACUAAAAUCCAAAUUAAAUUUUCUCGUUACUGCGUAACGAAAAAUAUAUAAACUCUCUAGAACUUAGAUUUCUGUUGCAGAAUAUCUUGCUUUUAAAAAAUUUAAAUACAGUAUAACUCCUGUAUAAACUAUUUUUCUGAAUUGAAGCGCAUUCAUAGCGAAAAAAAGAAUCCCCGGCAGAUUUGUUAUGGAGGAGUUCAACCAUAACUAAAAAAAAUUGUCCCGAACUGACCUACGUUUUUAUGAUUUUCUCUCGUCGCUGUUGCACCAAACUAUUGGACCGCUUCGUAGAAUUGAAAACAUUUGAGUUUACAACAUCUAUGACUCGCAUUAUGGAAGGAACUACACAGUACAUUAAAUCUUUCGAAUUUUUAUCUUAAAAGUUCAGUGAAACUCCUCUAACGAAGCUUUUGGGGACUUUUUUAAAUUUAUGGAAAUUUCAAAGCUUUUUAUGUCGUGUUUAUAUGCCCCAAUUAAAAGUACAGUGGAACUCCUGUAUAACGAACUUUUGUAUAAGGAAAAUCUCGUAUAAUGAACAAAUUUUAAAUUUCCUGCUACUGUUGCGCAGUUUAAAAUUCCUGUAUGACGAAACUUUUGUACAUUGUAAUUGUGCACUGUACUCAAAAACGAAAUUUUUUUACAAAACUUCAAGGUGAAAUUAAAAAAAGAUUUAUUAAUUUUUCCAAAUUCUGUUUACCUUCACUCGUAUUUACUUCUACGUUUCUCUGCGCCGUAAAAGAGGAAAAUAGACUUCUCGUUAUUCAAUUUAUAGUUCGAACUGAAUUCAUGACGGAUUUUUAUUCUUGGUAGAUUUACACAAAUUUUAAAGCUUAAAAAAUAUGGUUACAAAAAAUGGGAAUCUAAAACUGAUGUUGUUUGUAACGAAAAUACAUACGAGAUAUAAUGUUUUUAAAAUUUUUUGUUAUUCUUUGCUAUACGCAUAUUUACAUAUAUAGCCAAAAAGAGAAUUUUUUAAUUUGUCAUUUUAAAAAUUUUACAGAAUAUGGCAAAAGUGCAAUAAUGAAAACAAUAAACUUUUGAAAGACAAUAUAUAUACUCAACUAUACCUUUAAAGGGGCGGCGCAUAAUGGGCACCUUUUUAGGUCUAUACCCAACAAACUUGCAAACAUCGUAGCAGUGUCACAGUACACCGAGUGUACUGUGGCAAUAAAAUUUAACUCAAGCGUUGAAAUGCUCAAACAUGGCUUUGCCUUGCAAUAAUAUGACAAAUCCUUGAUUAUUCAUCAAGUUGUCUUGUUCUGAACAUUUGUGUAUAAUCUACAAUCUGCAUUAGAAAACCUUUGAUACUUGCCUAGUCCAAAUUUUAUACUUCCGCUAGAUCAAAGUUAUUGGCUGUCAACUUCGAUAAAAACCAACUUUCUUUCUAGUCACCAAAAUCAGCUUGUUAAAACGUCUUAAUGAAACGGGAAAAUGUUUUCAAUUGCAAGCUAAUUUAGUUGGAUCGCUCUGUAGUACUUCGAAAACAUAAAUACUCUGUAUAGGAACCGGUCCGAUUUGUUUCUGCACGGUACGACCUAGCUUCUUUCAAAUUCGUUUUGGUCCAGGCCUGGCGUAGUGGGCCCCCUUUCAGGUCUAAAUAUAAAGGCAAAAUUAAACUUGCUAAAACUUCACAGUAUAAAGCCAUUUUGUGGUAUCCAAGUACUAUUACUGGUACACUGAAUAUACUGCGAAUAUUUAAAAAAAAUAUUAGAUCUUAUCUACUUUUUUAAUUAAUAAAAACUUAUUCUAGUUUUGUAAAAGGUAAAUUGUAAUUUAUGAGACUAAAAUUUGCUUUCCUUCAGUAUUAUCAUAACAAAUCUGGGCGCAGCUUAAGACUAACUGGAAAUGUUUAGGAUUUGUUCACAUCGGAGCUCUUUAUAAGUUUAAAAUAAUUUGAAAGUCCAGAACUGCACGUUUGAGCUUGGCCUUGUUUUUCCUACAGACUUCAACCUUGGUCUGGUUGGACUCGUCUUUGUAAUUUAGGUCAAAAACUUCUCAACCAUUUGCAAAAUGCGCAUUUUCAAAAUUGAAGACUGCAUCUAGAGUUGUAAAGGGGUCGUGUUUAAUUUUUUGGACCGCCUUUUUUUAAAUUUUUUUCGACCCGGACCUUUAUAUAAAUUUCUUAAAAUAAUAACAGAGACAAACGGCAUCGUACUAAAUAAUCAAUAGUUUAACGCUUUUAAUUUUAAAAAUUAUUCUUAAGUAAAUAGCUUUAACAUCAGAUUUGAUUUUCACAUUUCAACCUUUAUUUAGUCUCAUGACAUAAGCUGGGCUCCUGGGCGGUCAUUUAGGCCCGCACAAUCCGGGCUAGCUCGGUUCCAUUAAUUUUUUUGGCUUGUCCUUAUUUAGUUUUAACUGCCACAUAAAAGAUUGAAUUGUAAAGAUUGGGACUCAAAAUUGUCAUGGAUCUUAACUCAAAAGCUUCUAUGCUUUUUGAGUUCAGACUUGCAAAAUACUCUUCAAAAUUUUAAUCUGAAAAUAAAAUUUUAAAAAUUGUGAUGAAGCUCGUCUCUUCUAACACUAAUUUUACAAAAAAGACUUUAUUUUGUGCCUCGAUUUUUUCCUCUUCCCCUGUAGGAAUAGCCCAACCUUUCCAAAGCUCAAUUUUUUGAUUGCUUGAGCUACUAAAAUAUAUUACAAACUCUUAGUUUGAAGUAAGCCUUAAAAGAACUUUAAAAACACUAAAAUUUCUUAUACUUUUUUUAAAGAUUAGAUAAAAACUAAUAUUCUCAAAGAUUUCCAAUUUUUGAAAAAUAGGUUGAAAAUACAUAAAAAGUGUUAAAAAAUAGCUAACGUAAAUUUGAUACAAAAUAUAAUUUAUAUACAUACUUUGUACUUUAAUCUUCAAAGGUUACCGCCAUUCUUUCAGCAGCGGCAGGUUCAUCAAAAAUUUCCGAAAUUCUUGGCACAACCGACACGAACUGGACUGCCUUCCUCGAACAAGCCCUCCAGCGUAUCGAGAAGGCAAAGGAUGCUCCGAUCGGCCAUCAGCCAGCCUUAUCAUUUGAUUCUCCAUCAGUUUUGGGCCAGAAGACGCCGACGGCCGAGAAGCCGUUGGUCAUUGAACAGCUGCCGACUGUUGAACCCGAGCCAGUCUAUAGUGUGUAUCAUAGUGCUGUUGAUGCACCGCCACAAUACGACCCCAGCGCGGCGGCGGGGUAUGGUGGGAAUGAGCGAUUUGGGGGUGCUCCUGAUGCUGCAGCCGGUUCGACGGCGUUUGAAGCUGGAGGUCGGUUUGAGGAGAAGCCUUGUAAGUUUUUAUGUGAUUGUAUUAGGUAGUUAAAAUAAUUAUGUGUCUCAUAAUCUCAAAAAUUUCUUUAAAAAAUUUAAAAUUUGCUUUGAGAGGAGCACAGAAUUAUUUAAAUAACUUACUAAGGCAAAAUUAGUUAACAAUUUUUUUUAUUAUUAAAAAAUGUAAAAUUGGGUAACAAAGUAUAUUUUUUUAUUUUGAAAUUUUAGCUAGCAAAAUAACCGUUUUAUAAAAAAAUUGGUCUUUAUUUAAUAUUUUUAGCCUUUUCCACUUCAUCUCAUUACCAAAAUAGAGGCAACGACUCUCAUUUCAAACAAAAACGUCAAUUUAGCCAACGUGAUCAGUACAAUUCCUCGUACAAACCGAAAAAUUCAUGGAAUUCAGGACCUAACAACAAAUUCGCCCCGAAUCGUCGCCCACCUCAAAUUACAGCAUCGAAUUCAGAUGCUGGGGAUGACGUUUUAUUCGAACUGAGCCGAGCACCUCCUCCUUCGUUCAAUAAUCCACCAUCAUUCAAUUCGAACCAGUCAGCUCAGUUCAAUACCCACGAAAGGGGCCAUUACAAUCCAUCCUAUGAUCAGCCAAACCCCAACAAACCGUCGGCUUCGUCCGGCUUCUUUGGAGCUCCACGAAAGUUAUUGGAUCGGCCAAAGACGAUGAAAGGCGGCUAUGUAGAGAAACAAUUCGACGGUGAAAAGAGAGAAGCUCCUGAAGGCAAUAACAACUACAGUCCGAUGGAACGGGUUAACACGAAUGCUUUUGACAAUUCUAAUCGACGAGGACCGGAUGGUCGGUUUGGGGGUGAUAGAGGAAAACCCGACCUCAAUAUGACUCCAGAAAUGUUGGAGAUGUUGCGAAUCCAACAAGAAGCCAUGGCUGCUCUGAAUGCUCCUGUAGUACCUCAACAUGUCGAUCCAGAAGAGUUGUUUGUGGAGCUGAGUCGAUUACCUCCAAAUUUGGAAGAUCACAAGAGUUUGAAGGAGUUUUUGAAGGUAUCGGUGGAGUGCAAAAGUGUCUAUAGCAAUGGUAAAUAUUUUGAGCAUUUUUCUUUUUUUCCACAAUUUUUGUUGAAUGCGAACCUCAAAUAUUGAUUUUUUUUUUUGACGAUUUUUGUGAUUUUGUACUUUCAGGUGUUAUUGUGCACACGCUUGUCAAAUGUUCAGACAAGAAGGACGCCAGAGAUAUUAUCAAACGUGAUGGGGAGCUGGGCAUCAAGUGAGUUAUUUUUAAUAAAAUUUUUUAAAAAAUUAUCGUAAAAAUAAUGGUCUUAGUUAAAAAUUUUUGUCGGGCCCAGUGUUUUGCCCGGACCGGUCCGGAGCGUUUUUCACCGGUCCGGCGAUUUUCGGGUCCGGCCCGGUCCAAACCUCAAAUUUUUGGGUCCGGUCCGCAAAAAAUUUUUUUUUUAUUUUUAAAAAAGCAAGGAGCGCUAAAACUGCUUUCUUUUUGCUUAAAAACUGAUAAAAAUACAUUCUAAUUGCAAUUUUUAAAUCAGUUCUAUUAAAAUAAAAAAAAAAUUUUCUUCCGGACCGGUCCGGAGCUUUUUCUACGGUCCGGGUCCGCAGGUUUUUGGGUCCGGUCCGGCAAAACACUGGUCGGGCCUAGACUUGAAAGGGGGCCCACUAUGCUGGACAGAAGCAAGUUUGAACGGGGCCGGGUCAUAUGGUGUGGGCUCUAGAGCCGGGCUUGAAUGAAGUUUCGAGGGGCGCAGUUUAAGUCCCACAACGAAUGAUUUAAGUUGCGAGAAGUGUAAAACAAGUUUAAUUAGAGCCCAAACCAAGGCCCUUAUUGGGCCCAUUGUGGAUUGAAUUUUUUCGCAAUUUACAAGGGGGACCAAUUUCAAUUGUUACAUAAUUUUUUCAAUAUUUUACAAAAAUUUUAAACUACAAACCUUUUUAUUAAAAUUUUUAAUUUCAGAAUGCGUUGGUCGGAACGAGCAAAAUUCGAAUCAGAGGAAGGCUCAUUAUCAAAUGACAGAAAGCGACGUAACGACCGGAGGGAUGAUGGAAUUCCAUUAAAAGUGUCGAAUAGCUGGCUACCAGCUCGAGAUUUUCUUGGUUAUGUGCUGUUAUUGAACGUGCCGUACAAGUCUACUGAUAGAGAAGUAAUGAAGUAGGUUAAGAUUGGAUUUUUUUUGUGUUUUAGGAGUGUUUUUAAAAAUUUUUAGGAGAUUUCGUAACAUUAAAAAAAACAAUUUUUAAAAAUAUUUUUAAAAAAAUAUUGUUGUAGCUAUCUUCGAAUUGCGACCGUGUACAACGUUGACGUGAAGCAGGUAUGCGAAGCCAAUUACACUCGUUCCGAUGCCUGGUUAGUGAAGAUACGACAAGCCGAAGACUUCUUCAAACUUAAACAACAUCAUGGCCAAAUCGAUGGACGAAAUGUUAGGUAAGACCUUUAUAUUAUUUAUGUUUUUGGGUUUGGCAGCUAUUUAGUAUUGAUUGUUUUGGGUUCUUGAGGUGAAUAACAAUGAAUUGGUUUAGGUAUCAAAACGCACUUUUUUAGGAAGGUUUUAAAGCGUUUUCCUUAGAAAAUAAUUUUGUUUUUUAUAGGUUGUUAGCUAUUUUUUGAUGUUAUUCAUCUAAAAUCUGAUUUUUUAGCUAAAAUAUUGAUGACAAGAUGAGUUUUUAUUACAAAAAUAUCAAUUUUUGUCUAAUUUCUACCCCUGUUUCAGAGUAUUUUUCAUAAAGGACGAAAUGGCAGAGGACCUGAUCAAAGGUGGGAUUAAAAAUCGAAAAAAGCUGGACGAAGAAGUCAGAAGUCUACCUAAUAAUCCGCCUCAAUUUGACUCGGAUCCACCAAAAAUCCCAUCACUGUUAAGCCUACCCAAUGCGAACCAAAUGCCCUUGGGUCAAAUUCCGUCUAUGAUGGGGCCAAUCUGCACGAUGGGCGGCCCAAUGUUACCUAACCAAAUGGGUCCCAUGGCCAACCAGAUGGCACCAAUGGGCCAACGCAUGCCAGGACAAGUAGGACCUCUGAUGGGACAAGGCGGACCAAUGGGACAAGGUGGACCCCUCGCGUCACAAGGAGGACCAAUGGGACAUAAGGCACUACUGAAUCAAACAGAACCAUUCAUGAGUCAAGGCGCACCAAUGGGUCAACCAGUACCACUUAUGGGACAAAUGGCUUCUCCAAUGGCACCACUAUUGCAGCCUCUGCAAAAUGCUCCGCCUAUGCCAAGGAAUAUGAACAUGGGACCAAGAAUGCCGUUGACACGACCACAAGGACCACCAAGAGCUAGUACCUUCUUUGGCCGUCAGACCACGGCCAUUGGACAAAAGUUUUCACGGCCGAAGCCAGAGGGUGGAGGUACGGAAUGUUUGGGUUGUUAG